CCAAUUGCAAAUGAAGGGAAAAUGCAUCACAAAUAAAUUAUUCAAGAAAAUACUCAUCAAUCAAUGUUGUUUAAGGUUGAAUAUAUAGGUGCUAAAAAAAUUAUACAGUGCAGAUUGAUUAAUUCGAGCACAAAUCCAGAAAAUAUACUCAUCAAUCAGGGUUAUCAAUACUUUACAAAAGUGCAUGUGUUGAACUCGUUGAGAGAUUCUAAAUAAGCUCAUCAUCACUCUUAUGGAUAAAAAAGAUUUCAAGCCACACUUGGUCAUGGUAUUAGGCCAGUUGGGCUAUACAUUGUUAUAUUUCAUCACUGAAGCUUCCUUCAAUCAUGGAAUGAGUCCUUACGUGUAUGUUACCUAUCGCCAUGUUGUCGCUGGGUUUGUCAUGCUUCCUUUUGCAUACUUUCUAGAAAGAAAUGUAAGACCAAAGCUGACAUUUUCUCUUUUUAUGGAGUUUUUUGUGCUUUCGAUCUUAGGGGUAAGUUUGACUCUGAACAUGUACUUUGCAAGCUUGAAGUACACUUCUCCAACAUUUAUUUCUUCCGUGGUCAACUGCAUAGCUUCCCUUACCUUCGUCAUUGCAGUGGCUUUUGGGUUUGAGGUUCUUGAUCUUCGAAAUCCUCACGGUAUAGCAAAAGUGCUUGGGACCUUCGUAUCCUUAGCUGGUGUUAUGAUCAUGACACUAUAUAAAGGACCUAUUAUGAGCAAUUUGUGGCGUCCUCUAAUUAAUAUUCAACCAAAAAGUGAUGAUUCUGUCGAUGCGAGCGAGUUAAAGGGUUCACUUCUUACAGUUUCAUGCUGCGUUACAUGGUCUAUAUGGUUCAUUAUGCAGGCAUCCACUCUAAGAAGAUACCCUGCUCAGUUAUCACUCACUACAUGGAUGUGUUUUAUAGGAGCAGCACAAUCAGCUGUUUUUACAGUGAUAGCAGAACAUAAUAAUCAUACAGCAUGGAAUAUAGGGCUCAACAUUGACUUGUGCUCCACAAUAUAUGGGGGAAUUGUUGUUAGUGGUUUGUUGAUGUACAUUCAACUAUGGUGCACUGAGAAAAAAGGACCUGUUUUUGUGACAAUGUUUAACCCUCUUAGCACCAUUUUUGUGGCAAUUCUGUCAUUCUCUGUUCUUGGUGAAAAACUUUAUUUGGGCAGCAUCAUAGGUUCAUUUAUUGUCAUCAUGGGUCUGUACUUGUUGCUGUGGGGGAAAGAAGGUGACAGAGAGAUUGAUUUCAAGACCAAAGGUAAAUUGCAGUGCAAUAGGGAAAAUCCAGAAUGCAGAAUAUAGUGAGUAAGUUUAGCUGGAAAGGUAGAGGCAUACAUCAAAGUGAGAGAAUGGAAAAAAAUUGUAUAUCAUGAGGAUUUGUCGGUUUAUUCUGGCUAUAUACAUUUUUGUGCAAAACCAAGGCUUCACAAAGCUCUUUUUCACCAAUUUUACUUUAACAAGACAAAAUUUCAUAAUAGUUAUACUGUGUAUAAUUGAGUGUUCAUGCCAUUAAAAUCAUGACAUUAAAUCAGAAUAGUUAUACUGACCAAGUACAACCAGUAACAAAAAUAAGUAAAAUGCUAAUAGAAGGUAAAAGAAAGGAGAAUAGAUAGCUAAUCGCCACAAGUAGGGUGCUCGCGGUGCGGUUUGAGCGGUUUUGACGAAAAAAAUCAUCCGAACCGCAAGAGAAAAAAUAGUGCGGUUUGGUUUGGUUCGGUUGACUUUUAAAAAAAAUCCGAACCAAACCAAACCAAACUAAUGCGGUUUGGUUUGGUUCGGUUGGUUCGGUUUUUUACAAAUAUUUUA